ACAGUGAAAUCAUUCCUCCCGACUGCCUGCGGCCCCGCUCCUUCACCGCCAUCCGCCGGCCCUCGCUGCGGCGGGACACAGAGGACACGCGCCUCUCGGUCAGCCUGUGCGACCUCAACCUGCAGGAAGAGACCUUCCACGUGACGGCCACCACGUGCCCCAUCCCGCAGAACUCCCUCAACUCCCAACACUCCCACCUCCUCCCCUCCCAGCUGGAGAGUGACCUCCGCUUCCACCACCUCCGGGGACCUCACGUCAAAAUCCUCGAUGACCAAACCGUGGCCCGUCUGGAGCACGCCCGGGAGGAGAGGACUUUGGUUUUCACCAGCAGACCCCUUCGGAUCAACGAAACCAUUUUCGUCAAGAUCAACAAGUCCAGUGCCGUGCGCACGGGGACGCUGUCCUAUGGGGUGACAUCCUGCGACCCCAGCACCUUGCGCCCCAGCGACCUCCCCUAUAACCCCGAGUCCCUCGUCGACCGAAAGGAGUUCUGGGCCAUCUGCCGAGUCGUGGUGCCCCUCCAGAGCGGAGACAUCCUGGGAUUUAUGGUGAAUUCAGAUGGUGAGCUGCACUUGAGUCACAACGGUGCCGGCACUGGCAUGCAGGUCUGUGUGGACUGUUCCCAGCCCCUCUGGAUGUUCUUCGUUUUACAUGGUGCGGUGACGCAAAUUCGACUGUUGG